GUGACCGCGCGCGGGGCCGGGCGCGCAGUGCCGCGCGGUGGCGGCGGCGGGGAGCGCAAUGGAGGCCGCGGGCGCCUGAGAGGCGGGAGCGCUGCAGCGGCGGAGGCUCGGCAGGCUGUGCCGCUCGCCGGCCGGGACCGCGCGUCGCCGGGACCGCAGUUCACAAGAGCAGUGAUUCCCUGGCUGUGUCAGCAAUGAGCCCCAUUUUCUGGUGCACUCACCACUGAGUGAAUUUUCCUUUUUAUAAGGAGAAGCUUUUGGUGGAGAAUUAUCCGGAGCAAAAGAACUCACAUCUGCAAAGACAGUAACAUUUAACAAAGUCAUGGCCACGGAGGAAAUUAAACUUGCAAAGAAUGUCCACAGUGAGGCUGUGAGUGCCCAUGUUUCAGACAAGAAGAAGGGAGGCAAAUUCCAGCCUUUUAAGAAGUUGUUUGGCAAAAGGAAAAAGAAAGAUCCUUCUCUGUCCCGGGAGGAGUCGGUGGGGAAGAAGAGUUACUCUCCACAGUGUGUCAGCAAUGGGACCUUCUCUUCAGACGAGGAGACACUGGGGGACAAUCUGAGGUCCUUCAACUAUUCUAUGGGAACUCGGGCGCUUUCCCAUGACAGUAUUUUUAUCCCUGAUGGGGGAGCAGAAAGUGAGCAGACAGUUCAAGCAAUGUCACAGGACAACAUCCUGGGCAAAGUCAAAACUCUUCAGCGACAUCUGGGCAAGAAUAUCAAGUUUGGGCAGAAGCCACCCAACGCCAUUCCCAUGAAGAAGGCAGGCAGUGGAGACGCCAGCUCGGAAGAGGACCUGUUCCUGACCAGCCCCAUGGAAAUUGUGACCCAGCAGGACAUUGUCCUCUCAGACACUGAGAACAAAUCCAGUGAUACACCGAGUUCUCCAAGUCCUCUGAAUCUCCCUGGAGCUGGGGGUGAGAUGGAAGAGAAGGCUGCUCCAGUUAAACCGUCUCGGCCAAAAAGGCACUUGUCUUCUGCUGGCACCAUCGAAAGUGUCAACCUCGAUGCCAUUCCCCUGGCCAUCGCUCGCCUGGACAACAGUGCCGCCAAGCACAAACUGUCAGUUAAGCCAAAAAACCAGAGGGUGUCAAAGAAGCACAGGCGACUUGCCCGGGAUCGACCGAGUGAGCCAGGACUGGAGCCCUCCCUGGACCAGAAUGGGCACCCCGGAGAAGACAAGCACAUUUGGCAUGAAGAGGAACCACAGCCGCUGGGUGCCCAGGAAGAGAAAAGACGCCAGGAAGACUACUGGCGAGAACUGGAGGCCAAAUGCAAACAGCAGAAGGCUGAGGCUGCGGAGAAGAGACGUCUAGAGGAGCAGAGGCUGCAGGCGCUGGAGAGGAGGCUCUGGGAGGAGAACAGAAGACAGGAGCUCUUGGAAGAGGAGGGCAAGGAAGAGGAGGGUGAGGGGGAGCCACUGCUGCUGGAGGCUGAAAAGGCAUCUUGGGAAGAAGGGCAGCGCUCUGGCCUGGAAGAGCAGGGCUGCCAUGAGCAGGAGCAGCGGGAGCGCAGGGAGGCCAAGGAGCAGAAGAAUCUGCGGGAGGAGGCUGAGAGGCAGCAGGAAGAGAAAAGGGAGUUGGAGGAAUUCAGAAAGCUGGAGGCACAGCAGCUGGCAGAGGAGGAGGCCCAGAGGCUGCAGGAAGAGGCCCAGAGGCUGCAGGAGGAGGCCCAGAGGCUGCAGGAAGAGGAGGCCCGGAGGCUGCAGGAGGAGGCCCAGAGGCUGCAGGAAGAGGAGGCCCGGAGGCUGCAGGAAGAGGAGGCCCAGAGGCUGCAGGAGGAGGCCCAGAGGCUGCAGGAAGAGGAGGCCCGGAGGCUGCAGGAAGAGGAGGCCCAGAGGCGUGAAGAGGAGGCCUGGAAGCGGGAGGAGGCCCAGAGACAGGAGGAACUGAAGCAGCGGGAGGAGCUGGAAGCGAAGAGUAGGCAGGAGCAGGAGGAAGAGGAGCGGCUGGAGGAGCUGAGCCGACAGCAGCAGGAGGCCCCGCGGAGAGAGGAGCUGGAGCAGGGCAAGGAGAGGGAGGCACAGAGGUGGCCAGGGGCGGAGAAGAGCGAGCCCUGGGCUGCACCGCCGCUGUGGAAAGAAGAGACGCAAUCGCAGGUGGAGGACAGCAGGGACCGUCCUCAGAAUUACUCGGUGAAGCCAGAAGAAGAGCAAGAAAACAUGGCUCCUAACGGGCGAAGAGAAAGCUCAGAGGAUUUGCCGGACCACGAGGUGAGGCCGGCCGGAGAGCAGCCGGGCACGAGGGGAGGCUGUUGCGGGGAAGAGCGACGCGUUCUGGAGGACAAGAGAGAAUCAGCCUACGGGGACCCUCCGCAGGAGCGGGAGGCACCAGUGGAGGAGAAGCUCAAGAGCGAAUCAGCCAUCCCCGAGAAAGACAGAAAAGCGGAGGAAAUGCGGUGGCAGGAGGUGGAAGAGAGGCAGACCAUGCCGCGGCCCUACACGUUCCAGGUGUCCUCGGGCGGCCGUCAGAUCCUGUUCCCCAAGGUCAACCUGAGCCCCGUUACUCCUGCGCAGGAGCCCAAAGUGCCGCGCGCGCUGAGCGUCCCACACACCGCCAUUCUGGUCACCGGGGCACAGCUGUGCAGCCCGGCGGUAAACCUGCACCAGAUCAAGGACACCGCGUGCAUGUCGCUGCUGGGCCUGUCGGAAGAGAAGAGGCCGGGGGAUGUCCCUGCUACCGCGGAGCCCCGGGCAGGCGGCAAGGCCAGGCCCCUGCAGGAGCCGCCUGGCAGCUCGGCUGCCCUGGCCGAGUGGGCGUCAAUCAGGUCACGGAUCCUGAAGAACGUGGAGGGCGAGCCUCGCGGCGGGGACAAAGAACAGUCAAGACCGGGGGAUGAGCCUGCUCCCAGGCCUCGAAGCGACUCCCGCGGGCACCUGCGCAGGACACCACCCGCCAACGCCAAGUUCUCCAUCAUGCCCGCCUGGCAGAAGUUCUCCGACACCGGCACCGAGAUCUCCAGACAGAGCCUGGAGGCCGACAGCAUCCGCAAGAGACCGUCUCCAGGGCUGGGCGAGGAGACAGCGCCCCGGCCUCCACCUCAGGAGUUUCUCAGGACCCCGGAGAAGCCUGAGGUGCGGCCAGAGCCCACAGACGCCACGGAGGGCUGCAAAUUUGCCAAAGACCUUCCAUCCUUCCUUGUCCCGAGUCUUCCUCCCCCUCCACUGAAAGCAGUGUCCCAUGCUGAACCCACCACUUCCUUGGAUGGCGAGAGCGCAAGUGGCACAGCCAAGCCAGACCUAGUGACAUCAGGUGGAGAGGAGAAAUCUACCCCUUUUGGAAUAAAACUGAGAAGGACCAACUACUCCCUGCGUUUUCACUGCGACCAGCAGGCGGAACAGAAGAAGAAAAAGAGACACAGCAGCACGGGAGACAGUGUGGACAGUCCCUCGGAGAGAGAAACGGAGGGCAGGGCAGCCAAGCCAAGCCCAGCGCUCCCCCAGGACAGGAAGCAGGCCCCGGCCCCCCGCAGGGACUCCGCAGGCACUCACCCCUCUGGAGCCCACCCCAGUCCCCCACCAGCCAGCAGCCAGGCCCCAGCUGCAGAGCAGGACAAGGCAGCAAGCAGAACAACCCCGGUGCAGAAGCCAGCCCUGGCGCCCAAGCCUGCUGGCCACGCCCCACCGCCAUCCCCUCUCACCAAGCUCAGCCGGCCAUAUUUGGUAGAGCUCCUGGCCCGUAGGGCCGGGAAGCCUGAUUCAGAACCCAGCCCGCCUCCCAAAGAGAGCCAGGAGAGCAGGGAUCCCCAGCCACCCUCACCACCACCCCCAGAUGAAAGGAAGGGACAGAAGAGGGAGCAGGAGGAAGAGGCUCUGGAGAGGAAGCCCAUUUCCCCACCUCUGACUGCCACCCAGCUGGAGAGACUUUCCCAUACACCAGAGGCUGCCAGAAAAGAGAAGCCAGUGCUUCAGAGCAGGCACUCUCUGGAUGGCUCCAAACUUGCCGAGAAAGUAGAAACUGCCCAGCCGCUGUGGAUAACAUUAGCACUGCAGAAGCAAAAGGGAUUUCGAGAGCAGCAAGCUACCCGAGAGGAGAGGAAGCAGGCCCGUGAGGCCAAACAGGCAGAAAAGCUCUCCAAAGACAACGCCAGCAUCAGCGCACAGCCUGGCAGCAGCAGUGUCCGCAGAACAGGUUCGCUGCACAAGUCCUCCGCUCAGCCAGAUGAGAAGCCGGAGACCGCCGUGUCCCGGCUUGAGCGCAGAGAACAGCUGAAAAAGGCCAACACCCUUCCAGCGUCUGUGACAGCGACCAUGAACUGCUGCCCCUCAGCCAUGUCAUUCUGCCUUGAAGCCAACUGAGUAUGGACUGAAACCUCCAACCUGUGAGAAAUGAACCUUUCCUUCCUAACUUUGGGCAUUAGGUGUAUUUGUCUCAACAAGAGAGAAAACAAGAGAAGACAGUAGGAAGAUGAAAAAAAGAGAGUAAGAAAGAUUUUCACAAAAACAAUCAGGUGCCACAGAGGUUCUGGGCUUAGCUCUGUGAAAGAGCACUUGCCCAGGCUGCAGGAAACUAGGUUCAAUCCCCAGCACUGCAAAAACCAAAAAACAUUAAAAAGUUAAAAGCUUUUGCAUUUCAAAGAUUUUAGAUUGUUAGUUCUCUGAAAAAGUCACUGAAGUACAACACCUCAAGAUAAUUUUUUACAGCACUUGGAAGGGGAGGGUGAGACAGGAGGAUCACCUUGAGUUUGAGACCUAAAUCUAAGCUAUUUUAACCAUUCACAUGAAAAUGAAAGCAAACAUACAAAUCCACAAGGAUUCUAGCAGCUAAUUACACACAUAAAAAACUUAAAUAGGCAAGGAUGCUAGGCAUACCAGACAUAGCUAGUGAUUUAUAUACUACACUCAACAGUGAGAAGAUUGUAGUUUUGAGGUACAAAUACACGAGUUUUUAUCUGCAAGAAAAACACACAGAGCAAAUGUUAUUUGGAUUUAAAAAAAGUUCUGAGUACUUUCACAUAAAAACAAAGGUCGCCUCAUUUUAAUUUUACAUAUUUUACCAAUAAAUUUCAUAUUAGCAGCUGCUAUUAUUCUAUACUGUUAACUUUACCACCUGAUAAAACUGAUCCCCUAAAAGUAUUUUGUUUCCUACCAUUAAUGUGUGCUAUAAGCUGCUUCUUUUCUUCUCUUUGUUUUUUGGAGACAGGGCCUCACUUUGUGUGCAGGCUGGCCUUGAAUUCACUAUGCAGCUAGCCCAGGCUGGUCUCAAAUUCAUAGCAAACCUCCUGCCUCAAUCUCCUUACUGUUGGGAUUAUAAUCUCUUACAAAUUCAAAUUUCUUACUUAAAAAAAAGUUUAGCAAGUGCUAUAAGUGCUACAGACCUGAGACAGGAGAUUAGGGCAUGGCAAAACUGGCCUACUAAUCAAGAGAAUCACAAGACAUACCGGUCAAAACAGUUCCCAAAGUCCUGAGGGUGGACUUUUUCCUAGAACCUCAGCAAGUUAUCCGUAGGAUGACUCAGAUAUAACAUCAACAUGAACAGUGAGUGAGACAAAAGCUCACUCUAUACUGAUCUUUUUGCCUACCGUGUUCUCUCUUGCAUGUCUGGCUUGAUCUCUUGCUGAGGAGGACCAAGCUCACUCUGCAAAGCCUGUUUCUCUUUCUCUCUUUAACAAAACUUUGCUACCUUUUGUGUUUGUCUUGACCAAUUCUUUGCCCAGGACAGAAAGAACCUAGAAACCACCUCCAGGAGACUCUUAGCAGCCUUUAAAACUGAUAAUCAACCCUCUGAAUUCUGUACCACUAGACUAGCUCCUGACUUCUGGAGACUUGCUCAAGCAAGUCGGAGACAGUUCAGGCACCUAUGUUCUUAGAUGCCUAAAGCCCACUCAAUGCUGUAACAACAGCUAGGCUGUCAUUUGCUAGCAGAUGGUAAGUAUCACAUAAGCUCCAGUUUGAUUCCAGUAAGGAAACAAAAACUAAUUCUCAUAAAUUAUCACUUACCAUGCAUGACUAAUGCCAUAUGAAAGAAACCAAUCACUGAGAAUUACCAUGUAACUUUCAGGCUAUUCCUGUUACAAUAUGUAAGCAGAAUGAAAUAACCCUAUGAAAAUUCCAUUGACUAGUUCUUUAGAUCUAAAAUAAAUACACUUUAUUUUUCUUUCUGGUCUGAGUCGAGAGUAUAAAAGGAAUCAGGAAACUAUCAGAGGAGAAAGAGUUUAAAAAAACUUAUUUUGACAAUCAUAUAUUUAUCUCGUCUGAAUAGAAGACAAUCUUCAGUUAAUCUGAGUUGGAAUAUUUCAUUCUCUGCUUUCUAGCACAGAACAGUCAAGGGCCAGAGCAAGGCAUAGUUAACUAAACACAGGCUCUCCGGGACUAAACUACUGUGCAUGCUACUAGAGAACUUGCUCAGAUAGUCAAUCUAAAUUCACAAGUGAAGCACCAUAUUGUUCUUCUGAGAGCAAUCCUAAAACUACCUAUUUUCCUUUUGGUUAUAUUAAAAAUUUUUUUUUCCCAAAUUGACAUUUUCAUCCAUAAUUAACAAAAAUUAGCAACACAAUGGCCAGCAGGGGGCAUUAAAGUGAAUCUGUGCUACUAUUUCAGAAAAUAAGCAAACCAUCACAUUUUCUCCAAUUCAUUUAUUUCGACAGAUCAAAAACUGGAAAUAAUUUUUAAAAAUAUGAAAUAUUUAAACUUUGUAUUUUUCAGGCAAUCUGGGUAACCUUAGUAAUGAAAUUAUUACAUAAGUUAAUGUACUUUAAUCAUAUGAAAUACACGAUUACUGAGAAUGUUUUUCAUUUUAACCUAAGAGAUCAAGAGAAAGAUAACUUAUUGGCUAAAUUUUCAGAAAAUUCAAAAAUUAUAAACAUAAAAAAAGAAAGCUUGGACAUAGGCAAAGUGCUAAAUUUAAACACAUGCAACUUCUUCUAAAUGCACGAUUUUUAAAACUCUGUUUAAAAUAUUUAAACUUAAGAAACUGCAGCAUAAUAAAGAAUAUAUCUGGUCUUGGCCUUGAAUUUUAAAAACCUUUUAGGACUUCCAAGGACAGAGGUCUGUUAUGCUUAUGAGGCCACAUCAGAUGGGCUCCUGGUCAGCCUCAGGGUGGACACUCAACUUCAGAAAGCCUGGAGACAGUCAGAACUCUGAGAAGUGGGGCUGGGAUGGCGUUUUCAGUCUUGUGGCCAAUGUUUUCAACAACCAUGCUGAUAGAAACUCUGGCAAGUCCCUAGCUGGCGACAGCCUGAUUCCAGGGAGAGGGCAUGGAAGCUCACAGCAGGGCAGCUCCGUUUCCUUAGCUCCCCUCCUUACGGGGUCACUGCUUCUCCUCCAUACUUGGCUGGUCUUCAUUCUAUCUCCUUAUUGAAUUCUACUGUCAAAUACCUCCUCUGCUUCAUUUUCAAAGAUAACUUACAUCAUCGAAUUCAUUCAGUCAAAAUGUAAAUGUAGGACUACAAAGAAUUAUGCAGAAGUUAUUUUGGAACAUCCUGACCACUUCAAGAAGAAAUUCAUUGGCUGGCCAUUCCACUGCAGCUCCUGGCAACCACUAACCUACUCCGUGUCUCUAUAGAUUUGUCCAUUCUGGAAAUUUUAUGAACACAUUAUAGUAGCUCGUUUUCUCAUUCACUGGUUGAUGGACAUUUGGUUAUUCCCAUAUUUUGGCUCUAAUGAAUACUGCUGCUAGGAUACAAAGGUUUUCUUCACAUUGUAGUUAAGGACAUAUAAUGUAAAAUUAUCAUUUUUACCCAUUUUUAAAUAUCAGUUUGGCGGCAUUACAAACAGCAUCAUACAAUCAUCAUACCCCAUCUCCUGAUCUUUUUCACACUCUGUAUGUAUGUAAAUCUCUGUAUAUAUUAAACAAUAAUUGUUCAUUUUCUUCUCCCCCCCCA